GCCACGGCUUUUACGGAGAUGGUGGGACUUGCGGGCGGGGGAGGACAUUUGUAUCCCUCGCCCCCGAUGCAGACUAAUAAUUCCGAGUUGAGAGAAAUGACGGGGAUCACGCCAACGGCGCCUACGAGCGCCGAUGCGUGUUUGAGUAUUGUCCACUCGCUUAUGUGUCAUCGCCAGGGUGGUGAGAGCGAGGGAUUUAGCAAACCAAUAACAACAAACGGCGCCCAUCCAAGUAAAUGCGUGACCAUCCAAAGGACACUUGAUGGUCGUCUCCAAGUAGCAGGACGCAAAGGUUUUCCACACGUGAUCUACGCCCGGAUCUGGCGAUGGCCGGACCUGCACAAAAACGAACUGAAACACGUAAAAUACUGUCAGUUUGCAUUCGACUUGAAGUGCGACUCCGUUUGCGUGAACCCUUAUCACUACGAGCGUGUUGUUUCACCAGGAAUCGACCCGUUCUUUACAGAUUUAUCAGGUCUGACUCUGCAAUCUGGGGUCGGAGUGGGCCCUGGUGGCCGACUGGUCAAAGACGAAUACAGCGUUGGCGGUGGAACCGUCACGGUUCCAGGGGUUCCGAGUGGUGGCGCUGUAUCCGGAUCUGGUUCCUCGGCUUCUGGUUCUUCGAACGUCGGCGGCUCCACCGGUAUGGACGUAGACGGAGAGAUUAACCAGAUACAGCACCAUUCUCAGUCCUCGCAGUCCGCCAACAGUAAUUCGCAGUCCUCGCAAUUUAUCACUGGUCUUCCGCCUAAUCCAACAAAUGAAAAUAUUUACCCUAGAGCUGGUGUAGUAGGUACUGUUCCUGGAACUGCUGGCAAUGUCAGCGGGCAACAACAGCAGCAACAGCUUAAUCGUAAUAAUGCUAAAUUGGAUGAUAGUAAUUGUCCUCCGACGAGACUUACUUGGACACCUUCUCCCCAUCAUAUUAAUCCGCGUUCUUUACAUCAUCCCGUAGUUCAUCAAAUGGGACACCCAGUGCCUCAACAACAGCAAUCAUUAACCGGUGGUUCAGCGCCUGGCGCUCCAAUUCUAAGUCCCACACAAGCUCAAUCAUCAGACCAAUUUUACAGCACCAAUACUCCACCUCAGGAUUUAAAUUCAGCUGCUCCAACAGUUGAUGCUCUAACUGCGUCACUUGGCGGAACACAAAGUUCUCCUGUAUCUCCAGCACACUUGCACCAUCAGAAUGGAUUUGCUGUUGCUUCUGGAGCUAAUCCUUACAAUCAUGGUGGUCCUCAGUGGACUGGAGCGAAUACUUUGACUUAUACUCAGAGUAUGCAGCCACCAGAUCAUCGACAUCUGCACCAGACUUAUAAUUGGCAUGGAAGUGAAGUUGGAGGUACUAUGAGUGGAUUAUUAUCAACCCAACCAGCUCCGGAGUACUGGUGCUCAGUGGGGUACUUUGAAUUGGACACACAAGUAGGAGAGACAUUCAAAGUAAGCAGUGGAUGUCCAACAGUAACUGUGGAUGGUUACGUUGAUCCUAGUGGUGGCGAUGUCUGGCUCAGAUGCCAGAGCGAGCACAGUGUCUUUGUCCAAUCAUACUACCUGGACCGCGAGGCUGGACGCGCACCUGGUGACGCAGUUCACAAAAUCUACCCACAAGCGUACAUUAAAGUCUUUGAUUUAAGGCAGUGCCAUAAGCAAAUGAGAGCUCAGGCUUCUACUGCUCAAGCCGCUGCUGCUGCUCAAGCUGCCGCUGUUGCUGGACAUUUGACUCAUGGCCAGCCAAUUACUAAAAGUUUAAGUGCAGCAGCAGGAAUAGGUGUUGAUGAUUUAAGAAGACUUUGUAUUCUACGACUGAGCUUUGUCAAGGGUUGGGGUCCUGAUUAUCCUCGACAAAGCAUCAAAGAGACACCUUGCUGGAUUGAAGUACACUUACACAGAGCAUUACAACUACUCGACGAAGUGCUUCACACAAUGCCAAUCGACGGACCACGAGGUAUCGAAUAA